UCAAACCAAAACAAACAAAAGUCGUCGUCACUAAAAUUUGUGAUUUUUUUCAUGAGAAAAGGCUGAAAAACACGAUGAAAUACGCAACUUCACCAACGCCCUCGAUUAGCGGGCGAUCCUCCUUUAGCUAUGUCUCGAGAACGCAAUCGCCGUUGCCGCCGCCGAUAAAUUUUACGUGUGCCACCGCCACAAAUAAGACCUACAAAUUCAUCCGGAGACUCUUUAAAUUCGAUCAAAUGGAUUUUGAGUUUGCUCUCUGGCAGAUUGCUUACCUUUUUUAUAAUCCACAACAAGUUUACAGGAAUUUCAGUUACAGGAAACAAACGAAAUUACAGUAUGCCAGAGAUGAUCCAGCAUUUCUUGUGUUACUCGUCAUCAGUCUUUGUGUCACAUCCCUCGGAUUUGCGUGGGUGCUUCGAUUAGGUCUCGGACAAACAAUUUACUUCCUUUUUUACGUCGUUUUUGUCGAUUGUAUCUUAUGUGGCAUCAUAACGGCGUCGAUAUUGUGGUUCCUGGUCAACAAAUAUAUGCGAGUAGACUCGUUGGCGAAGGAUGUCGAAUGGGGUUACGCCUUCGACGUGCAUUUAAAUGCAUUUUAUCCACCACUAAUUAUCAUCCAUUUCAUCCAAUUGUUCUUCUAUAACGCAAUUAUCAGUCAAGAUUGGUUCUUUUCCCGACUUCUCGGGAAUACGUUGUGGUUACUAGCGAUCGGAUAUUACGUUUACAUCACUUUUUUGGGAUAUAAUUGCAUAAAUCAUCUCAAAAAUACACGAGCAAUCCUCGCGGUGAUGCCCAUCGCACUGCUGGUGUACAUAGUGACUCUCAUAAUCGGAUGGAACUUUUGUGUGACUCUUAUGAACUUCUAUCAUUAUCGCGUCUUGUAAUAAUUAAUGUAAUUUAAUGUUGAAUUAAUAAAGAAAAAUACUUAA